AACGUAUUUCAAUCGCUUACCCUUCGUUUCAUACGUCUCCUCAAUUUCAAUCUGAUCCGGUAAUUGAUGGUUAAGUUCCACGCUAUUAAAAGUCUUUCACGAUGAUACAAUAUCAUCGACUGUCUAAUAGAAUUAUCCGAAAGCUUCGCAGUUGGAGAAGCGUAUUUAACGCCGUCCAAUUUAAAACUCGGAGAUGGGCAUCAUAGAUCACAAUUAUCAAGUUUACGCUUGUCAGAAUGUAUUACUAUACACCGUCGUAAAAAUUUUAUAUAUUAAAUUUUAGACACAGAUAUUUUAAAUCGAUCUAAUAACAAAUUUAUGAGAUUAUUAAUCCAAGGUGGAAAUAACAAAUUAAGAAAUCCUUUUAUCGAUUAUUAUUAUCGAUUAUAUUAUUAUAUUAUCGAUUGUUAUCAGAAAUCGAAAUAAAAAUCGCCAAAAUCUCUAAUUACCUAAUUUCCUCGACACAUUUGUAAAAUUCAUAUCCUGAUCCUCUAACAAUCAUCAAAAAUAUGAAUCCAGGAUCAUCUUAAAAUCUCGAAAUCUUUACUAAAUUAUCUACUACUAAAAUUCUUUAAAAAUAAUCCUAAACGAUUCGAUCGUCCGCCAAAGUCUCCAAUUACCUAAUUUCUUCGAAACAUUCAUAAAAUUCGUAUUCUGAUCCCUUAACAAUCGCCGAAAAUAUGAAUCCAGCAUCAAGAGAUCACGCUUAAAUUAUCCAUUUAAUUAUCAAAAUCCCCCUAAAAAAUCCCUAAACGAUUCGAUCGAUCGCCAAAAUUACCUAAUUUCUUCGAAACAUUCACAAAAUUCAUAUCCUGAUCAUAUCCCUAACAAUCGAAAAUCACGCUUAACAUCUUAAAAUCUCGAAAUCCUUAAAUUAUCCACUAGCAAAAUCCCUUAAAAAAAAACCUUAAACGUCUCGAUCGAUCGCCAAAGUCUCCAAUUACCUAAUUUCUUCGAAACAUUCAUAAAAUUCGUAUUCUGAUCCCUUAACAAUGGUCGAAAAUAUGAAUCCAGCAUCGAGGGAUUCGCAUCUUAUCAAUCUCGAAAUUAGCAAAAACUCUUCCCCUCUCCCCCCAAAAAACGAAGGAAAAUCUUAACAUCGUGAAACGAUGUUGGACCAACGAUCGUGGAUCGAAAAAAUAUUGAUCCUUGCGCGAGAGAUGGCGGUUGUUACGCCAAUGUCGAUGAAAAAAUCCGCGCAAACGACUGGGGCAGAAGGGUUGUCAGAGGUUCGCGUGCUAACAUAAGUCACAAUUAACGAAGGCGUUAAGUCGGCCCCCUAUUAAUAAGCGUGGUCGAAGCGUCCUAUAAAUAGCGACGGGCACGAGGUGACAACAUUAUACGCGGCCACAUGCGACCACAGGGAGGCUGUAUGGGCUCGCACCAACACUGCUACAAGAUAAAAACACAAUGCAAUACGGCUGGCAUCGGCAGGUCGCAGAAAAGAGCUGCCAGUGUUAAGUGCGACUAUUUUCGCGUCGAUGACACAUCGUCGCUGAUUGGACGGAAUCGAGACUCUAAAUAAAACCCCCUUCGAUCCUCCGGCCGAGCCCUCGCAUCCUUGCCUCCUCUUCGUUUUCGCGUUAUCGCACCCCUUUUUCCCUCUCUGCUCCAAACAUUCCUCCCCCGAUCCUCAUCCUUUGCGAGAAGAUCCCCCUUCCUUCGCUUCGAUCGAUUUAAUCCAGAAUUCUUUGAGAACGGCGUUCUUUCGCGAUCAAUUUUGCAACACUUUGAUUCGGGUAUCAGGAUUCUAGCUAAGAUUAAUCCAGUCGCGAUUCCUCUUUUUUCUUCCUUUUUCAAGAAAUACCUUGAUCGGUAUUGGUCUUAGAUUACGUCUCUUGGGAAAUUUUAAGAGGAUGCAUCGCUCAGUUUGCGAUAUGAGCAAAAAUUGUUUUUCUACAUUUUUGAUCUCAUUUUUCACCAUGUUUUGAGAACUUUCGAGCUCGGCUAUAAAAAGAAGUAGAUUAUCGUUUUGAGAAUUUGUGUAAUGAAAAAUAAUAAAAUUAAGGAGCGGAAAGUUGGAGAGACGGUCGUUCGAGAAUGGGAGAAGUCGGCCUUCGUCGAAGAUGAAGAGACGUUUAAAAGAUUUCGAAGAACGAUCGGAUCUUUCCAUGAAUGGGCUGACGAAAGGCUUGAUCCUGAUUUGUUGGCAAUCGCAACCGAAUUGUUGACGACGGCGGGAUCAGCUGGGUGCUUUCGUACACUCGAUCGGCAGCUCGGUUUAUAUUUAUUGCACGCUCACCCGAUCUGCCGCGUCUCUUUUUCCCUUCGAGAAGAGGCGCGCGUGAGUCAUGCUGGAUGCCAAUUGGGCGAGUGCCCCGUUCCCGUCGCGGUCCAUGUUGCACAAUUGCAGGAACACCUGAUUUUUUUCUACACUCGCAAUCGUCGAGGCACGCCGAGAAAUCGUAGCCGUUCCUACGAAAUUGCAAAAUAAUACCAACCCGUGUAUAAAUAUCGCGCAUCGGGAGAUGAAAAGAAAUCAAAGAGAAAGAGAGAGAGAAUGCGAAAGAAACAACAUAGAAUUUAAUUUAAACGCGGAAAUUUAGAUAUACAAUUCGAAGAUAUAUCGUGAAAAUUCAGGAACGCAAAUAUAUAAUAUAAAAAUUUAAGGGGAUUUUAAAAUAUCGAGGAUAGAAGAUGAAAUUCGAGGAUGGUAACGAUUUUGUAACAGGCAAAAAUAAGAAAAUUUAAAAAUACGAAAUUUUUAAACUGCUGAAAGUGAAGUUGAAAAUUUGUUAAAGUUUGGUUACGCGAUUCGCGCAAAAAUGUUCGAGGCGACGACUCGAACGAUCGUUUGAAGUCGCAGUUGCUAGAAGUCGCGAUCCCAGAAAAUUAAAGCGUGAAAAACGGUGGCGGAGGACGCGUGGGCGGAGGAUGCGACCCAUUUAAACGGAUACACGAGUCUGAUCUCGUUGGGUGUCUCUCGCGCUCGCGUUUCAAGGAGCAGAGACGGCGGGAUUCCGCAAAAUCUCUUAAAUUCACUGGUGGGUGUCGGAUCCAGCGUGUGGACGGGUCAAAUGAGGAAACGGCCAACUAGCCGAGUCAUUUCCACCGUUUACCAGGGCCACUUUGCUCUAUCCGACCCGGUACGAGUCUUCAUUCUUGCCAAUUAUUAAUUAUUCUACUCGUCCGGAUCUCUCCUUUUUGUCACCGGUUUUCUACGACGACACAGUCGUUUCUUUCGUUUCUCCCUCACUGGUCGCUCGAUCGUUCUUCUUCACCGUCCAACUUUUCCAAGUUUUUUCGAACGAAUCAUCGCUCGAUCGAUGAGAACUUAUCGAAAUCUAUCUUACGUAUAAUACAUACUAUUUUAUUCAGUUUGCGAAAAUUUUUCGUUCGGUAAAAACUAUAACAAGAAAAACUCGACGAUUCCUUCUCGUGAAGCAAUUAUGCGUUUAUCGCGCAAAUAUCGAACAGAUUAGAGAUGGAAAAAUGGAAAAAGUUCCAAAGCGAAUGAUUAUCCAUCGCGCAUCGAUCGAUGAAAAUUAACCUAACUUAUCGACGAAUAAACGAAACCUAUCUUACGUAUAAUGCUUACUAUUUUAUUGAAUUUACAAAAACUUAUCGUUCGAUUCGAUGAAAGCUAUAACAAGAAAAACUGGACGAUCCGUUCUCAUGAACCAAUUAUAUGUUUAUCGCCCAAAUAUCGGACAACAGAUGGAAAAAUGGAAGGAACUCCAGAGCGAAUAAUUAUCCAUCGCGUAUCGAUUGAUGAAAAUUAAUCUAACUUAUCGACGAAUAAACCAAACCUAUCUUACGUAUAAUGCUUACUAUUUUAUUGAGUUUGAGCAAAAACUUAUCGUUCGAUUCGAUAAAAACUACAAGAAAAAUUCGACGAUCCGUUCUCGCGAAGCAAUUAUGCGUUUAUCGCGCAAAUAUCGAACAGAUCGGAGAUGGAAAAAUGGAAGAAGCUCCAAAGCGAAUGAUCGUCCAUCGCGUAUCGAUGGAUAAAAAUUAACCUAACUUAUCGACGAAUAAACGAAACCUAUCUUACGUAUAAUGCUUACUAUUUUAUUGAGUUUGCAAAAACUUAUCGUUCGAUUCGACUGAAAACUAUAACAAGAAAAAUUGGACAUCAAUUCUCGCGAAGCAAUUAUAUGUUUAUCGCGCAAGUGUCGGACAACAGAUCGGGGAUGGAAAAAUGGAAGAAGCUCGAGAGCGAAGGAUUCCCGCGAGGAAUGCGCUUUUCUUCUAUCCGUGAGAGGACAAGUCCUCUCUGGUGGAGGAUGAACGACGACGAAGCCUCUUGACAAUGUUCACGGGUUAAUGGUACCAGUUUCACCGCAUACUCGUUACGAAAACGAUAUAAAGGGACAUGUAACGGGGAAGAGGCGUUGGGGACCGGAAGUUCGUCGUGGCAGAGCGAGGAUGGCGGACCAAACUCGCGGCGAGGCGGUGAGACGCCCUCGUCUUGCGCGACCCCGACGUCGGCCAGUUUCCCGUCGGAGCCAGAGGUCGACGCCGACGUCGGAGUGAACGCCGACGGGAGCAACGCGACAGCCCCUUACCCUUGCCAAUUCUGCGACCGCACGUUCCCCCGGCUUAGCUAUCUCAAGAAGCACGAACAGAGUCACGGGGACCAAAUGCCAUACAGGUGCAGCUGGUGUGCCAGAUUAUUCAAACAUAAACGCAGCAGAGAUCGACACGUAAAGCUUCAUACAGGAGACCGAAGAUAUCGAUGCACGCACUGCGAGGCUGCUUUCUCCAGGAGCGACCAUCUGAAGAUCCAUAUGAAAACGCACGACACGCAGAAACCGUAUCAGUGCACGGCCUGUUCCAGAGGGUACAAUACAGCAGCUGCCUUGACGUCCCAUAUGCAAUCUCACAAAAAACAUCAUCAGUCGCAAGGAUCGACCAAGGACAUCGAUUACGGUAGAAGAAGCGUGUCCUCUCACAGUACGUCAUCGCCGCCAGUACCGAGUUCCCCAUCACCAUCUUUAAACCUCGCCUUGAAUCCGAAAUCUGGGUUGAAAAGCUCGCAGGGCAGUGCUUCGACGACGCCAAUCCUAAAUUCUCCAUUGAAAUUGGCCUGCAUGUACUGCACCAGAGAUUCUUUCAACUGCAUGCAACAACUCCAGAUGCACGUGCAUACAAUGCAUCAAGCUAUCUUAAGCGGCGAAACUGUUGCGGUAUCUCCAUCGACCAACAGAACUAACGAACAGAUUGGUUAUCAACAUGGUGAGAAAAAUUUAGAUCGAUCAGAAGGAAGUUCGAAGGAGCACGACAGGAAAUAUCAAGAUGAUUCAGAGAGGGCUAUGGAAAAGGAUCAUUAUGAGAACGCGUUUACGUGCAAUCAGUGUACCAUGAAAUUCUCCACGUUAGGCUCCUUGAGAGAUCACUUGAUCUCGAUCCAUAGAACGGACAGUUUCAACUCUGCCUUGAUGAUGUGCCCUCUUUGCGGCAUUCCCUGUACUUCGGCAGCUGCUUACGCGGAACAUUAUGUUCUUCAACAUUGUGAAAAUCGAUCGAUAGCUCCCCUGGAAAGUAAAGACUAUAUAGAUGCGAAAAUCAAUGGAAGCGUCUACGAGUCUAAAAAUUCCAGGAAUCAGAAAUGUAGAGAACAAAUAUCUUCUUCUGAGCCAGCAGAUUUAACUAGCAAGCAUACCACUACUACAGAAAACAAUUAUUCAGCUGGUACUCUGUUAUGCGGCCAAUGUGGGGCAGCUUUAAAGGACUUUGAAUCUUUCAGAGAACAUCUGGCUAGACACCUUCAAGCUAAUCAUAGAAACGAUGCUGUCAGACAUUCUUGUCCCAAGUGUGAGGCCACUUUCCAAGACAGGGAAGAUAUGUUGGUGCACUUGACAAAGCAUUAUCUAGGUCAGAUUAGUAAGGAGUAUGCCUGUGGUGCCUGCAAAAAGCUCUAUCCUCAUCCAGAUCUUCUUCAAAGGCACUUGCUCGAUAGUCAUGCUCACCACCUUUAUAGAUGCGCUCUGUGUAAAGACACUUUUGAUUCCAGAGUGGCGAUACAAGUCCAUUUUGCUGUGAAACACAGUCAAGAAUGUAGGAUUUAUAGAUGCAAUACUUGUACGGUGUCCAAUAACGAAAAUUCGCCGGGUAAUGCACCAGGAGAAGGGAAAAGUUUCUUUAGGAGUGAAUCCGAAAUGACAAAUCAUGUGAGAAAUAUCCAUGCACCUCCUACUGUAUCGAAUAACAGCCCUGUAGCCAGAAGCCCUGCAUCUACUCCUGGAAUAACUGGAAAUUCCGGACCAAGAUGUGUUUUCUGCGGAAUUUGUUGUAUUUCUGAACUGGAAUUGCAACUCCAUUUGGCUAGCCAUUCUGUUAAUUUGUAUAGAUGUCCGGUUUGUAGAGAGGGAUUUGCUGUAGAAUUUUUGUUGGACAGACAUAUUGCUCAAGCACAUCAUUCCAGUAAUCAUCAAAGUAUUAUUAGAAGUAGCUCUAGAGAAAAUGGAAGGAUUGGUAGACCGCCAAGAUUGCAAGAAGAGACAAAAUCUCAAAAAAGAGGUCGUUCUCCAGCCUCUAGCAACAAUAACACCGUAAAUCAACGAGACAACAAUAAUAAACGUCCAAAUUACUCCAAUACAUCUUCUCAACAGUGUGAUCUCUGCGAAAGAGGGGAAUUUUCUAAUGAAACAGAACUCCAAGCCCACAAGAAAUUGGUUCACACUCCAGCUAAGUUUCAAAAUAAAUCCAUAUCAAAUCUCAGCAUGACUUGUGCAUAUUGUGGAGAAGUAUGUCGUUCUAGAACUGAUCUAGAAUCUCAUACAAGGAUUCAACAUGCAUCAAAUGAACCUGGGGGCCGCCACAAAUGCAAUAUUUGUGAUGAAGUCUGUCCUUCAGGUGCAACUCUAGCAGAACAUAAACUGCAAAAACACUGUAAAAUACAACUAAGUGACACGUGUAUUGUUUGUCGAGGAAAUUUAGCCUCGGAAUCACAGUUUUUAGAACAUGUUCAAAGACACAGUUUGGAAAACGUGGAUCCUCAACAGAGAUUAGACGGUUCUCUUCCCCACCUUCCUGCAGCAUGUGUAGUUUGCAGACAGACACUGAUCAGCGAUUUGGAAUGUCGUCUUCAUGCCAGACAUCAUUUGAGAGCUUCUACUGGUCCUCACAGUGUGGGAUCUAGCCCUAGUCCCAAUCAAAAAAACCAGAAUUCAAGUUGUUGUCUUUGCUUAAGAGAUUUUUCUAAUGAUGACUUUGUUAAUUUGCCUCCAAGUCAUGUAAGUGGAGGAGGACAAUCUUUGAGGGUCUGCAAAUCUUGCUAUAUUCGUCAUUCUCAAGGUUUACCUAUUUUGAAUUCAUAUGAAUCUGUUAGAUCUAAAUGUGAAGAUUCUUGGACAUCUAAUAAUAAAGAUGGACAAUGGGAUGGAUCGAAAAAUAAAUGGGAAUCGGAGAAUAAAUAUAAAGAGAAUAGAAAUGGAAUAAUUGAUAAUAAAAGAUGUCAAGAUUGUGGAGUGAAAUUUGAGGAUUCCGAAGAGGUGGAAAAACAUAGGAUAAUAGAGCAUGAGAAGACUGGAACUGCAUCUAAUACGUAUACGUGUAUACAAUGUCAAAUGUCAUUCGCAACAGAAGCAAAGAUUCAGCAGCAUAUAAAGAAAGAACAUUUGGAAGUAUCAGGAAAAACUUCUAUGGAGGCAUUACGAUGUCAUCUAUGUCUAUUUGAAGCUAAUAGUCCAUUACAAUUGCAAAGUCAUUUGAUAGAACACACUUUUGCAGGAUGUGCCGCUCUCAGCUGUUAUAUUUGUCAAUCUCUUUUCACUGCACCUAUUGGUCUUCAGAAUCAUAUGCUUCAAGAACACGGUUUGGGUGCACGCCCGUAUGACUGUUCCCAGUGCACAUUAAAAUUUUUCUUCAGAGCAGAAUUAGAUCAUCAUAUGUUAACAUUCCAUCGAUCCGGAGACGUAUCCUCGCCUGAUGAAAAUAUACAAAAUAACAUUGAAACAAAACCAAGAGAUACUGAAGAAAAUAACUGUGACGAAAGAAUAAUGGUGAAAGAAGAAUUGUUACCGGAAGCUGCAGAUGAAGAAGAAGAGAUCAACGUGGAUGAACAAGUAGAAGAGAACGAGCAAAAGGAAGACAAACAGUUAGAAUUCAAGACAAAAUUAAAAACUGAAAUCGAGAAAGAAAACAUUCUCCAGUCUUCUAUUUCCGAGAAGAUGGAAUCGUGAUUAUUUCUCGUUGAUCGAGAAAGUAAAAGGUUCGAAUAAAACAUAAUUUUUUAAUUAAUCUGAGACAAAGAUAUGAUAAAAAAAAUUAAUGACAUAUUCUUAGACUAAAUCAAAUUUUAAAUUAUCUAUUAAUAAUAUAUUAAUAAACUGCACAUAUAUUUUUGUUAAUUUUAUUUAUAAUACAUUUAUUAUGUAAAAGAAAGACAAUAUGUUGAUUUAUCCUAUUAUAUAAAAUUAUUGUUUUUUAUUAUAUAGUUAAGUUUUUUUCGUUUAAAUAUAAGGAAUAAGGAUCUUAAUUGAAUUUUGUUUGAAAAUCCUAUUAGAGAAAUCUUUUAUUAAAUGAUUAUUACACUAAAAAAAGUUAUUUCAAGAUAAUAUUUAUUCGAUUUUUUGAUUAAAAUGUUUAUAGGAAUGUUCUAUAUUUAUUCAUAUAAUUAAUUAAAAUUCUUAUUCAUAAAUCUUUAUUAUAUUAUUAACAGUCUAUUUUUUAAUAUGAUUGUACGUUAUUUUAUUUUAUUAGAUUGCAAAAUUAUGAAUGAAAAUAUGUAAUAAGUAUGAUUCAUAUAUAUGUGAAAUCCUCAGCAUUUUGCAAAUUGGUAAUUGUCAAAAUGGUACAAACUUGUAAACAAAUUCCUAUAUAAUAUAAGUUUUUUACUAAUGAUAGUUAUAAUAAUUUGUGCAGAAUAAUUUUCUACCAGUCUAGAAAAAUUUGAAAGUUAUAUAAUAUUUUUUAUCAAAUUUUAUUAUCCUCUAUUACAUUAUCCUUUAUUAUAUUAUCUGUACAUGAACGAUUUUUUUUUGUCAUUUAUUCUGGUAUAUUUUACUCUGUACUGAAUUUUAAAGAUAAAUUAUAAUGUUAAACUUUAUUGUUUUCAAUAUGUUAUUUAUCUUAAUCUUAACAUCGCAUAAUAUUACAUUUAGUAUGUUGAAAUAUGAGAUUAAUUUGAACAAACAUUGUAACAUAAAAAUAAUAUUAUUCUUAUUGCACAAAUAAAAAAAAAAAGAAAAAAGUAAUUAUGUAAUGUAUAAUUGCAGAUGCAAUUUGUAAAUAUGUUGAAUAAUAUUAAAAUGUAUUAAUCAGCGUUUUAUCGAUUUUGAUCGUUAUUUUAAACGACGAUUAUUAUUAAAGCAAAUGCAAUAACUUGUCCAUUAGACUUAGUAAAUCAGGAAGAUAGUUAUUUACAAAAUAAAUUAUUAUUCUAAAUUAACAAUUCUAACCAUUUUAUUCUUCCUUUAUUAUAAUUAUAUAUGUAUAAUAAUUUAUAUUUAAUAAUUGUUAAAUGUUUUAUUUAAAUUUUUAUUUAAAUUAUUAUAAUUCAAUUUUUUGAGUUUUAAAAUGUUGCACAAGAUGUUUCAGGUUAAUAUUAUUUUAAGAGGAAAAUAAUUUUUAUUUUUAAGAUUGUUCUCUUAUCUUUUAAACUAUAAGUAAUAUUGUUAUUUUUAAUGACAGUACAUAUAAUAAAAUUUUAUUUUAUAAUAUAUUAUAUAAUUAAUAUUAUACAUUAAUAUUAAAAAUAUUACAGAAUGUAAUAAUAUAUAUGUAUAGUAAUAUAUAUCUACUAUUACAGAAUGUAAAAUAUGAUAAAUACUUUUAAUAAAAAUGCAUGUGAAAAGAUA